UCAUUCAUUCAUAUCUGUUUGAACUUCAUAAGGUCAAAGACAAUGAUAAUUACACUUUUAUUUUCAGAUAAGAAAGAACACUCAGUUCACAGUUCUGAUUUUAGACCAUGUGCUUCUCUUACAGCAUGUUUGUGCUUUUCAGAUAUAUUUUAAAUGUAACAUGAAAAAGAACCACUUCAAUGGCUAAUCCCUUAAGAGAAGAAAUUAUUGAUAAUGAAAUGAAUUGCAAGUUACAGCUGUAUAUUACUGGAUUAAUGCUGUCAUAAUGUUAGCCCCAUGUGAUAUGUUUGUCUUCACUGUCAACAGUUUAUUAAGUGACGUGAUGAUUCUGAGUUUGUCCUGAACACAGAGGAAUGAGGAGAAUUUUCAGUGAGUCAUGUCAUGAGCACGUUUGGUUUCCACAGGUUAAAGCCAUCGCCUUGGAUCAAAGCCAGGAAGCAGUGGAGUUAACGAGAGAGAACGCUUUCAGGUUGGGACUUCAGGACAGAUUACAGAUUCAUCAUAUAGAUAUUGUAAAAGAUGCAGAAGCUGUGAGGAACCUCUGCAGUCCUGUUUCAGCUUUGGUCAGUAACCCUCCGUACUUGUUCUCAGAGGAUAUGGCAACGCUGGAACCAGAAAUUCUAAGGUUUGAGGAUCACGCCGCUCUCGAUGGCGGCAAGGACGGCAUGAAAGUGAUCAAACAGAUUCUGACAUUAGCGCCACGAAUUCUGUCGGAUCACGGUCGUGUUUACUUGGAAGUGGACCCUAGACAUCCUCCACUGAUUUGUCAGUGGGUGGAGUUGCACGUGGAGGGACUGCGUUACGUGGAAACGCGACAUGACAUCACCGGCAGGCCGCGAUUCUGCAUCCUUCAGAAAACAGAAGCAGAAAAAGGACCACAAGCUGGAUCUGCAUUGAGAAACUGAGAUCCUAUUACACUGGCUUUAGCCCAGAUCAUCAAAGCUUCAUCUCUUCUUCCACCCCCCCGCCAGCAGAGCCACCAGGCCCACGCUCACACUAAUUUCCUUACUUAAAAUUCACAACCAGCAGAAGCUUAAAUCAUUCUCAUUCCUCUGUGGCUGCAUUGUGCGAUUGUACCCAGUGCAGCCAGUUAAAAAUAAUAAUAAUCAUGCACAAGACGGCACAAAAGUGUGCUCAGAGCUGAAGGUAAUUACCGAGGCUUUUCUUAGAACACUCCCUCUCAGAACCUCACCCUCCUCCCAGGAAGCAUUCAGUAGUUCUGUGAAUCCGCCGAUGCACGGUCCUCCCCUUUGCUUGUCCACUUGCUGACUCAGAUGCAGGCUGUGUGUGUGUGCGCACUUUGUUGAACCAAAAAACACGUCGUAGCUUUUACUUCCUCAUACACGCCUAAGGGUGACAUGUUUCAAGCUCGAAGGCCAUUAAAAGAAUCAUUUUUGCUUCAAAGGUGACUGAAAAUAUUGUGUAACCAAGAGUCACAAGAGCAUUUGUCACGCAGUAUUUAACAACGCGAUGGUGACAGAAUGUCACUGUAACGUGAGUACUCGGGGGG